CAGGACAGCAAUUCAAGCAAGACUUCAAGGCUUGAAUUAAAUCACACUUUUUGGUUUACAAUCACUGAAAGGUAUGAGGAGAUGGAAACAAACAAACAAACAAACAAACAAAAACUAUACACUGAUUUCCAAAGAGGCACCUUAUUCUGCUGUUUCUUGCAGGGAUGCUUUGUGCUCAGCAGCACUCUGGACUGCACAGCAAGCGCUGGAGCACUGCUGCUACCUACAGGUCUGCUCUGCGCAGUGCUCUAAACACACACAAAUCCAAUCCACGGGGAUUUUGUCUUGGGAAAGGGACCUACACCCUAUCGCUAGAGCCUGUUGGCUUUUGGGAAAUGCGACCUGGGAAUCUGUAGCCUUUCUUUUCCGUGGCUGAAGUGUGUAAAAAACUACUAAGUGGACUUGAUUAAAGGGAAGGCUGAUCCAUGCUGUAAGAGAGUUCAGUUUCUGCUUUCAUUUUUUUCUGUAAAUGAAAAGGAAACAGUGCACUCCCAGGUGCAGAGUAAGAGGAAGCAUCUGCUCUGAGAUGGGAACCCUCUCCCACCGCAGCCACUGGUGCAUAAAACAUGAAGGAGGAUUGGAAACUACCUUCUGGCCUGCAAAGCUGAACUUUUACGACAAUUUGUGAUAUAAUUAGAAUUUGCUAAAAUUCAGUUGUGGCUCAUCAUUGUUUGGAAUUUAAUUGAUUUCUUUCCAGUCUCUUUAAUUUUCUUCCUAUAUUAGUAACACAAGCAAACGUGAUAACCUGAAACGGACUAAGCAGAAGCAUUGUUGAAAACAAAGCAAGCAGCUUUCAGAUCAGGAGAAAAAAAAAAUAAAUACAAGCAAAUUGUGGAGAUGUCAAAAACAACUAUUUAACUGAAGGUCGUGGAUAUCAGGACCAGAUUAGCAAAGACAAUAUCUGGUCACAAGCUAUCAAUAAGUGAUAGAGGAAGGGGCAAAAGCAGGCAGAGCUAGGAAGGAGAAAACAAAAACAGCUAAUUUAUGAAAUCUGUCUACAGUUGAAUGCUUGGCUGCUGAGAUGAAUGGUCAAGUAAAGGAGAUGAGCAGCUUGCAACCAGGAAAAGCACAAUUAGAAGCUCCAGGAGCAGGACAGUCUGAUCUGAUGUAUGGAAAGUCUGUCAAGCUUUUCCUAUUUAGGAGGCUAGAAAAAACUUUUCCAAAACCGACUCACUGAGAGCAUCAGGAACAGUAGGAUUUUAAUGAGCCUGUUCCAAAUUAAUCUUAGUUCCACACUGAGCACACUGUUCAAAUGACUACUUAUGAGAAAACAGAUAGUUCUUCUGGCCUCUUGAAAUAUCAGUUCUUCUAGAAACAACUAGUUUUCAGUGCUGGAUACCCAGGGAAAACUUUGGUGUGUGACUGGAAAAUAGCGUUGUAUCUUCCCUCCCCUCCCCAGAGCCCUGCUUUUUUAUCAAAGUUUAAUAAAGAUAAGAAUUUGCCAGAACUGUAAUAAUUACUGACCAUGAUGUAUUAGGGAUUACAGAUAUCCUCUAUUACCCAACAAGUCUUUUAACCAUUUGGAAGGACAGGCACUAGCUAACAUGAGAAAUUUCUCUUUCACAGAGCUCAGUCAUCAUCUAAUAAAACUUCAUUCCCUGUUAGAUAUUACAUUAAUAUUUUUUGGCAAUCUUUUACAAUAUUUUCCCAUUACUGUUUCCAAGAGGCAAUCAGUAUGAUCUCUUUAAAAUUUACAUGGAGAGGGAUGACAACCGCUGCAGAAAUCACUUAUCCCUGAACUUGCAGUUAUGAGUGUAAAAGAGUGCUCAGGAAGCUGACAAAGCAAAUAGAUAAAAGAAAGAAAAAGAGACAGCAGCUUCAGAAAGUAAUAAUAAAAGUAUGUUUCAUCAGUCUGUUGAACGUAAGAGCCUUUAUAAUGAGUGAGCGCUGUGUAUUUAUAUUGACUUUCACACGUGCUGAAUCUCCGUCAGUUCUGAUCUGCAUUAGGAAAAAACAAGUUCUAACCUAUUGCUGGCACAGUUGAAGAAACAUCAGAAGUCAGAGAUGUAACAUCGUAAGUCAGAGAUAAAACGUGAACGAAAUGAAGUAAAAGAUCUGUGCGGGUUUAUUCAUCGUGUACACGAAACAGGUCGGGGUACCCACUGCGGGCGCUCAUGAGGACAGCAAGUACCACCCCUGGCGUGCUCUCACGGCUGAAUCACUCUGGGAAAAGUGCUUCCAGCACCGCAAAGCCAGCCCGCACCGGGUGCCCCAUCCCCGCGGCCAGGCCCUCCCCGCGGCAGGGCGGCCGCCAAGAGGCCAGCACCCGCCGGGGGCCGCCCGUCCGCGCACUUCCCCAGCGCCCCGCGGAGGCCACCGCGGGCCGGCGGCGUCCCCCGGCGGGGCGGAGGCGAUGACCGAGCGCCGGGAGCCGCGUCCCGCCGCCCGGCUGGACGAGGAGCUGCAGGCCUUGGGGUGGUAUCAUGAUAAUCUUACCCGACACGCAGCAGAAGCUCUGCUUCUUUCCAACGGGCAGGAUGGAAGCUAUCUCUUGAGGAAGAGUAAUGAAAGGGAAGGUUUGUAUUCCCUCUCUGUAAGGGGAAAAGAUUCUGUGAAACACUUCCAUGUUGAACACACAGGAAGUUCAUUCAAAUUCGGAUUUAACGAAUUUUCUAGCUUGAAGGAAUUAGUCAUGCACUUUGCAAAUCAGCCUUUAAUUGGAAGUGAAACAGGAACCUUAAUUGUAUUGAAGCAUCCCUAUCCAUGCAAAGUGGAAGAACCAUCCAUUUAUGAGUCUGUCCGAGUUCACACAGCAAUGCAGACGGGAAGGACAGAGAGUGAUCUUGUUCCAAGUGCUCCCUCACUUGGUACGAAAGAGGGAUAUUUGGUAAAACAAGGCAAAAUAGUCAAGAACUGGAAGACAAGGUGGUUUACAUUGCAUAGGAACGAACUUAAAUAUUUCAAAGACCAGACAGCUACAGAACCAAUUCGGGCACUUGACUUAACUGAAUGCUCGGCUGUGCAAUUUGACUAUUCCCAAGAAAGAGUCAAUUGUUUCUGCUUAGUGUUCCCACUAAGGACAUACUACCUAUGCGCAAAAACUGGAAUAGAAGCGGACGAGUGGAUUAAAAUACUGCGAUGGAAACUGUCACAAAUACGGAAGCAACUGGAGCAGCGUAACUCCGCCCUCAAUUCCUAGUUGCACCUCCAGUACUGCUCCCUGGGCAUGAAUCGCCUCUUUGCCAAGGGGAAGGCGCCUGGCUACAAGGGGACAGUUUCAAAUGUCUGCAUGACUUGCAGAGGGCCUGUGCACGUGUGUCUGCCACACACAGAUGUUUGCAUCCAGCUCUGCACGCAGAUUUGUACAGCCGAGUGCUUUCAGGCUGUUGAGUCAUGUGUGGAGACUGUUGCAAAAUCGCAGUGUCGGUUUGAUAUGUGUGAUUUAUGUCCAUGGUGCACACUUAGUUCAGACGCCCAUUAACUAGUCACAGUAGUCACUUCAAAACCUUGUGGUCAUUCAGAGCACUCUUGAGAAUUUACUGCAAGUUCCAUCACUACUAACCAUUAGCAGCAGAGUCUGUAACCUUGAGCCUGUUACUUAAAACCAGGCCUUCUGGAAACAUUAAAGACUUCUUUUGUAUGGCCUGUUUAGGGUCUAACUCAAAAGAACAAUGACAGAGCUAAUUACAUUCCUGUAAAUAAUACCUAGAUUACAAACAAUUAAACCCAAUAUUUCAAGGCGAUGGAUGAGUAACACUUCUGGUCAAAUGUGUUUUUGUACAGUUUAGAUUUAUACCACAGCAAUGGAAUGCCACCUGCAUUUUGGUCCCUUAUGCUACCCCUUGGAAAAUGGGCUGGAUUUUGUACAUUUUCCUCAGGCAGAGAACUCAGCAUACAGGAGGCUUUGUCCAGAACCGUGUUCUAGAAUUAAGAGGUGCUUGCUUUAAAUUGAAUGAGACAAGCAAUAGUAACAGGAAAGCAUAAUGUCCUCUAAAAAUAUGAAUUUAGAAGAAUUUAUCUUCUACAUAACCUGAUGAAAAUUUCUGUAUUUUGGAAGACGUGGGCACAUGCAACAGCAUCAUGGUUCACCAGAGUUCAGAAGCAGAAGCCCCGUACUUUGGUGCUGUAGUGAAAAGAAGUGUUGCAUUUUGGAAGCAAAACCUGACACCCUGAGGGCUCUCCAGGCCAGACCUGCUGUCUGCCCCUGAGUGAUCCUGCUCCUGCAGGAUCCUCCUCUCCCUGUGCAGCGGUCACAUUUCUGCUGUAACACCACACGCAAACCUCCCCUGCUGGGCAAAACGCUGUGGCAAAGGGCUGGGUGUUGCUCACGCAGCAGGUCAGCAGUGUUCAGUAGAUGCCUGUAAUGUCAGAAAACUGGAGAGGGGAAAAACACACUGGAAGAAAAAAGAAAAUGCAGAUUUGGACAUAGGAAUAGUAUUUUAUUUCAACUUAGAAAUUCAAAAUGUAUGUAAAUAGUUUUUAUACAGACUUUUCUGAAUAAAAUGUCAUUAAAAAACUACCACAGGUCUUCCGUAUUUCUGUACUGUAUUGUUAAAGCUCUGCAGAAUACACCUGUCCUUCUUUCUGCCGUAAAGAAGUCAGCUAACACACCGGCACCUCCGAUUCAGCUACAAAGCUGUGGUGACUUUGCUUGUGGCAAAGGCAGCGUGCAGGGAGGAGAGAUCUGGUGCUGCCCAAUACUCCCACUGCUCCGCGCGAGCGGCUUGGAAACGAAGCGGGAAGUGCAGCCACAAAGCACCCCUCCUCGUCACGCACAGGCUGUGGCACAAAACGUUAGAAGCAGGCUCGGCACGCGGCGCCACAGAGGGGGUCUUUCACCAGCGCUGGUGGGAUUUGGAGCUGAACGUCUGCACCGGAGUCAUCUUGAAGGAGAGAAGAGGGGAGGUGAAGGCACGGGAUGGAGCCCCCGUGGUCUUACAAACACAGAACUUCUGCACCUGUAUGUUGACACAGGACUGGACACCCACACAGCCCA